AUGCUUGGUCAAGGGCAAGAAGCCUGCAGGCCACAGCGAGCCAGGGGCGGCUUCAGGGAGGCUGGCUGGCCAGGGACGGGCCUGGACGCCUCAAUGCAGGGCCCGCCUCCCAUGAGUGGAGGAGAGGAGGCGUGCCUUCCACCCCCUCGGGCUGGCCCCACAGGUUUGUGUUCCAUCCCGCAUGUACUUAUCCAUCAAUACAAACUUGAAGAGCUCCGCGCGUGCCUUGAAUGCGCGCCAGGCCCUCCUGGCGGCGGCACCUCCAGGGCCGACCCCGGCACGAUCCGCACGCCAGGGAGGGUGGGUCAGCGCAGAUGCAGUUUUUUCAUCACUCCACUCAGCGCCUGCGGCGCCGUGGCGGCAAUGCUCGUGGCGCGCGAUGCCCGCCGCGGUUUCCGCCGAGCGUAG